AUGCCCCCCGUUCCCUACCAGCCGGUGUCAGUCCGGCGGGGCGGGGCGGGGCAGGACAGCCCCCAGCCGCCACCUGAACCGCCCCGCCCUGACAGACAGUCUCUACCGGUCUCGAGUGCUCGGAGGCGGGGCUGCUCGCCUGGUCCCAGGGACGCUCCACAGCCGGCACCCGGUCCAGGGCGGCCCGCGGCUCCCCCUACAACGCUGGGUGGGGGCCAACGGGCCGGAACCGUCAGCGGCCCCGGCUGCUUUGGGGACUCCUGGCACUGGCCCCCGCAGGCUGCAUGGCGUCACUCCAAGGAUACCCAUGGAAAAUAUAGGUCAGAAGACCAAUCUGUAGUCAGCAGAAUGCAGAAGAAAUACUGGAAAACAAAGCAAGUCCUAAUCAAAGUUACAGGAAAGAAAGAAGACGAGCAUGUGGUUGCAUCUGAUGCAGAGCUGGAUGCCAAACUAGAGGUUUUUCACUCCAUUCAGACAAGCUGUAUAGAUCUUCUAAAGACAAUUGAGAAAUACCAGCAGACACUCAAUGUUAUGUCUGAGGACGAAAAUGAGCUAGGGCUCCUUUUAAAGGUUCAAGGAGUGCAAGAUGCUACUGAAGCUGGCAAAAUGAUGGAAGCCACUGGAAAGAUCCUCUGUUCUUCUGCUCAACAAAGGGUAGCCCUUUGUACCACCUUGUCUCGCUUUGGGCAGGAACUGGCAACAUUCAGUCACAAGGCUGUGUCUGAUACCUUGUUAACUAUUGAUCGUAUGGAGCAGGCCCGCAUAGAAUACAGAGGGGCCUUGCUGUGGAUGAAGGAUGUGUCCCAAGAACUGGAUCCUGACACCUGCAAGCAAAUGGAGAAAUUCAGAAAAGUGCAGAUGCAAGUGAAAAACACCAAAGCCCAGUUUGACAAGUUGAAAAUGGAUGUCUGUCAGAAGGUUGAUCUACUUGGAGCUAGUCGCUGCAAUAUGUUGUCGCAUUCCCUUGCUAUCUAUCAGAUAACCUUUUUGCACUUCUGCAAGAAGACAGCAGGACUGAUGUCCAAAAUCCAUGAGGAGUUCAUAGGUGUCCACCCAUAUCACUCUGUUUCACUUGAGCAACCACAGGAGCCUUCCCUAAACAAUCCCACUGAAGAACAUAAAGAGAAGAUAGAGAAAGACACCAUCAGUACAAACCUUGAUAAGUUAAUUUUGUUGGAUGAGGAACCUUCUAUCAAUUUGGAAAGUGAAGCAGUUUCCAGCAAUCUGCUGGUAGAUUAUUUGGAAGGAGAAGAUUGUGAGAAAGAGCUGUCAUUCUUGGAUAACAUACUGAGUCCCUGUUCAAGUGCUGGAGAGAUCGUCCAGGAAUGUCAAAAUGUGCUUCGGAGUCCUCAUACCAGUCUCCUUUCACAGAAUCCUGCUACAGAGUCAGAACCUCUGCCUAGUUCAUCUGGAUUCCUACCUUCACAACUCCUUGACCUUGGCCUUCAUGCUGCUGGAAGCUUCAGUUGGACAUCUCAGUCAGAAUCUGUGUGGUCUCUUACGCACCAGCCCUUCCCUUCACACAGCACUCCAAAGACACCACCGCCCUCUUUGGAGAGCAGUAAUCAAGAUAUGUCAGCCUGGUUCAGUCUGUUUGCAGAGUUGGAUCCUCUUUCAAAUCCAGAUGCCAUUGGGCGCUCAGACGAUAAACUCCUUAAUGCUUGACUACAGUUACCCAAUGGACAAGGUCUUAUCAUGUCUCACUACAGUGGCCUUAAAUAUAGAACCUUACUUCCUCUUGCUUUUCUAGAGAGGAUUUCAGAUUCUAGCCCAGACACACAACAUCGAAACUGUAAUCAUAAUGUCAGUCAGUAAAGUCCCAAACUAUAGAAAAAGCAUUAAGGGUGCUGUUGAGAGCAAUAGAGGAAAGUCACUUUAUCUUUGAUGCCUUGGUUUUAUGGCUAUUUUAGGUGUUAUAUGAAAAUAUGGCAAGCUGUUCAGGAUCAACACUGAAAAGGUUUAGUUUCAUCAAGACAAAAUUACAAGACAAGCAAAGCUAUAUCAAACUAGUUUCUUUCCUGCAUGCCCCUUUCCCCCCAGAAAAGAGUUACCUUAUGUCAAUGUGAAGAUGUUAAUUCCCAGAAAAUACUUCAGGACAGAUAGUACCUUGGCUCUUUUAGAGGACCCUCAUUAACCUUCAGGACAAUUGCACAUCUUUGGCCAGACCCUCUAAUCUGGCCAAUUUGUGCAUGAGGCAGGACUAAUGGGGAGGGAGCAGAGGUGGUUUUACAUUGUCUUUGUGACUUCCUGAUCCUGGGGGAAGGCAUGGGUAUAUUUGGCUCCCAGCACAACUUUGAACAGCCUCAAGGCUAUUCUAAAUUGCACUAAACUGCCCGUGGUUCCAAAGGCCAGAGCACAGGAGUACACUCCAGUCACAUCCACUUUUUUACAGGCUGUUCCCUCUCUGCUAGUCCAGGAAAGGCAUAGACCCAGUACACUACCUGUGAGACAGCUGAAGGGGGGAUCCCUAGGUACCUGGUUAAACUGGCUUUACAGACACUUUACAGUGACAGAGCAGCACGGAAGGCCUGUAUCACAGGCAGGACAUAGCCUAUUCAUUCAAUUAGCCUUAGACAAGAAAGCACAGGCCAAAUUCUGCCUCUGUUUGCAACUGCAGGUACUUUAGAGGGGCUGCAGAGGUAGUAAUCAUGACUGAAGUUGGCUCACAGUAAAUGCCAUUAGAGUAGCAGUUAUUCUAACAAGGAGCCAUCUUAUUCAUCAGUUACAGAAGCUGUAAAACUGUAAACCAGAUAGAGCAGUAGCAGAAUUACCCAGAUUACUCCUC